GUCAAGGAUCAAACAGAGUGUGUUACAUAUAAUCUUUGGUUUGAUAGGUUGAUGAGACACUUUAUUACGACUACAAAGACACAUUAUGUAACAUUUGAGGCAUUUUUCUCUUUGUGUCAACUCCCCAAACAUAGGUUCUCUAGUUGAGUUGACACAUCUUUAAGGGACAUUUUUCCAGAGCAGAACACUUAGUGUAGCUCACGUCUACUAGAUAUGCGUCUCUCCUCUUUCUUGGCCGUGUUCAGGCCUGCUUUACCCCUCAUCCUGGGGCUGUCUCUGGGCUGUAGUCUGAGCCUUUUGAUGGUGUCCUGGACACAAGGGGACACCGAUGACUCCUGUGGAGACGAACUGGGCAACGGGAGGCUCUUCGGGGGCCGAGGAGAUGCCCCGAGGGACUUAAAGGACGGAGCUGGAGAUGAAGACUUCCAGCCCCGUAUCGUGCCCUAUCACAAGGACCCAAACAAGCCACACAAGAAAGUCCUCAGAACUCGUUAUAUUCACACUGAACUUGGCAUCAGAGAGCGACUGCUGGUGGGCGUCCUGACCUCCCGGGCCACCCUCAACACGCUGGCCGUGGCCGUGAAUCGCACAGUCGCCCACCGCUUCCACCGCACCUUCUUCUUCACGGGCCUGCGCAGCCCUAAGGUGCCCCACGGCAUGACUGUGGUAGCCCACGGCGACGACCGUCCAGUGUGGCUGAUGUACGAGACCAUCCGCCACCUCCAUCAGCACUACGGCUCCGACUACGACUGGUUCCUCUUGGCCCAGGACGACACUUACAUGCAAGCGGACCGUCUGUCGGAGCUGGUGGGCCACCUCAGUGCGGGUCAGGACCUCUACAUGGGCAGGGCGGAGGAGUUUAUAGGUGGAGAAGAGAAGGCACGCUACUGCCACGGGGGCUACGGCUACCUGCUGUCCCGCAGCCUGCUGGCCCGUCUGCAGCCACACCUCGACACCUGCCGUAACGACAUCCUCAGCGUGAGACCUGAUGAGUGGCUAGGCCGCUGCAUUAUUGACUACCUGGGUCUCAGCUGUGUGGAGGUGCACCAGGAGAUGACCUAUCGUUACUUCGAGCUCGGGAAAAACGCAGAUCCAGAGCGUGAAGACAUCGCACAGUUUAAAAAUGCCUUCACUGUCCAUCCCAUAUCAGAGCCAAACCUCAUGUACCGUCUGCACAAACGCUUCAGCCAGAUUGAGCUGGAAUGGACCUACCUACAGAUACAACAGCUGCAGGUGCAGAUCAACAACCUGAGUGACAGGACGCCGGAGGGUAAAGCUGGAGUCACGUGGCCCAUCGGAAUCAACCCCCCCUUCAAACCAAGAACCCGUUUUGAGGUCAUAAACUGGGAGUACUUCACCGAGGAGCACAUCUACUCGUGCAUCGACAGCUCCCCCAAGUGUGAGAUGAGAGGGGCCGACCGCGCCGACGUCAACGCGGUACUGGAGAUAGCGGUGGAGCGUCUAAACGAGCGCUACCAGCCCCAGCUGCGUUUCCGAAAGCGCCGUCUGCUAAACGGCUACAGGCGCUUUGAUCCCACGCGCGGCAUGGAGUACAUGCUGGAUCUCGCACUGGAGGCCUACACCCAGAAAGGCCACAGCCAAGUCAUCGCCAAACGGGUGAACUUGUUGCGACCUCUGAGUGCAGUGGAGAUUAUCCCCAUGCCCUACGUGACGGAGGCAACGCGGGUGCAGGUCAUCCUUCCUGUCACCGCCCAGGAUCAGGACUACGUCGGCAACUUCCUGGACAUGUACGUGAUGAACACUUUGGACACCCACGACAAUGUUCUGCUCACGUUCCUGUUCAUCUAUGACCCCUUCGACGCACAGCGAGUCAGCCAGACCGACGUGUUCGCCGGCAUCAAGGCCAUGAUCGGGGAGGUGGAGAAGCGCUACGGAGACGUGAAGAUCCCCUGGAUCAGCGUGAAGACGGAGGUGCCCUCACAGGUCAAGCUGAUGGACAUCAUCUCCAAGAAGCACCCGGUGGACACGCUGUUCUUCCUGGCCGGCGUGUGGACAGAGGUCAACGCCGACUUCCUGAAUCGCUGCCGAAUGAACGCCAUCAGCAACUGGCAGGUGUUCUUCCCCAUCCACUUCCAAGAGUACAGCCCGGCCGUCAUGUACCGCGACCAGCAGCCCUCCGCCGCCUCCUCCUCCUUUGCUUCCGAGUCGCUACGAGACGGACACUUUGACCGCCACGUCUUUGACGAGGCGUGCUUUUACAACGCGGACUACAUGACCGCACGGACCAAGAUGGCCGCCGACAUCUUAGACAACGAGGAGCUGCUGGAGAGCAUGGACGUGUACGACAUAUUCGUCCGUUACUCGGGCCUGCACGUGUUCAGAGCCGUGGAGCCGGCGCUGAUCCAGAAAUACGUGCGGCGAGCGUGCAACCCGAGGUUCAGUGAGGAUAUCUACCACCGCUGCGUCCUCAGCAACCUGGAGGGUCUGGGGUCACGCUCACAUCUAGCCAUGGCUCUCUUUGAACAGGAGCAGGCCAACAGCACCUGAAAGCCUGCUGGUGGCUCAAAUAUACUGCCUGGACUUACAAAUACUCACAGACAAUAAAGUGAAUUAUACUUUGGUACUUUUGUGAUUCAUACACUGAAAUUCACACCCUUGCAUUUGGCGAGUCAGGAUCAGCUUAAGAACAGCAUUGUCUUUCUCAUGGAAAAGGUGUUCAUUUACAGCUGAAGAACUCUCUGCUCAGUACAUAUGAGUGUACUACAGUACAACACUUCACCUGACUCAUGAGUGUAGUACUUUGUAUUCUUGCCUAGACUCGAUGAGUCACCGAGGUGUCUGAAUGGGACUACUGUUACUGGUUCUCCUGCCAUUAUUCAUAUAGGAGCUGAGCAACAAUAUUUAUACUUAUGUUUUUAAAAAAAUAUAUAGGAGGUUGUGUCUUGAAAAAAAGAAAGAACAAAGGUUUUCAUGACGAUUAAGUGAGAACAAACUUGAGCCAUAAGUCUUCCUGAGUGAAGAUGUUUAGAAUAAUACUGGAAACAAACUGAAGCCGUUGGCUGCCUUUUCUUUUCUUUUUUUAAAAGAGGUAUUAAAGAGUGAU